AGCCCGGACGUGGCUCGGCUUGGUCUCUCUCGGUGGCUGGCGAGGCGGCAGGAGGAUGGCAGUGCCCGGCUGGGAGCGCGCCGCCCGGAUCCUGCUCUGCGCCGCGGGCUUGGCGCUGUCUGUUUACGCCUUCCACGUGGAGACCUCCAAGGAGCGGGACGCCUCCUACCAGGCCAUGUGCGACAUCAACGCGGCCAUCAGCUGCUCCCGCGUCUUCACCUCCAGGUGGGGUCGUGGUUUUGGCUUGGUGGCAGGCCUCUUGGGACCUCACAGUGUGUUCAACCAACCUAAUAGCAUUUUUGGGAUUGCAUUCUACCUUUUGCAAAUACUUCUUGGCUUCUCCAACAGCAGUCUGGCAGCCAUUACUCUGUUGGGCUCUUCAGUAGUCUCCAUCGCUGGCUCGCUCUACCUGGCCUACAUCCUCUUCUUUGUGCUCCAUGACUUCUGUGUGAUUUGCGUUACUACAUACGUCCUUAACUUUGCCCUCCUGUUUCUCAACUACAAGCGACUGGGCUACCUCAACCAGACCUGGCAGCACCACAAGGCCAAGGCCAAGAGGAAAUGAAUAUGAUGGCUCCUUAGACUGGAAAGUUCUGUGAGGAUAAAACUUCAUCUCGCCUACCUCAUAGGUAUUUCUAUGAGCAACGCCCUUUCAUAUAAUGUUAGUACACGUAUUUAGCCUGGGAACCAUCUCCAUCCCUUAGAUAAAUGAGAUCAGAUCGUUCAACAUUCCAUUUGUCUAACCAAAUUAGGACCCUGGUGUCUGUUCUGGAACUCUAAUGCUUGCCAUAUUUGGUUAUGCAGACCUAAAGAGAUGUAAUCAUAUCUCAUUUUUUUAAAAAAAAAUAUAAAGCUUAUUUUUAUAGUUCUUUGCAUAGCUCCUUUCCAAAACUUGUUUAAACAAACCAGUUUGUACUAUUGCUCUUCCUAAUAACUUUUUUAAAAUAUUGAAGAAGUGGCACUAAGGGCUGUUAAUGACUGUUUUUAAUUGUGGUCUAGGUGUGCUCUGCUUGCAACAGGAAGGCAUUCUGGAACACACCCUAAAAAGCAUGGAUACAGACAAAAUAGAUGUUUUGUAUUCCAGUAGUAAGUACAACAAUGAUGGUAUAGUUCCUCCUGGUUAACCACCAUAUUUUGAGGCUUACUUGCAUGGUUGAUAUUUUCCAUCAUCAAUGACUGUUUUGUACAUGAUCCAGACAUGUAAAGUAAGCUGAGGCACACUGCCUUACACAGCAGAGUGCAGUUAACCUUUAAAAAGGUUGCAGAUAGUAUUAGUUUUUUUUAAUGAAUAAAAAUGCUAGACAUUUCAGAGAAAUUAAAAAUAACUUAAACCUGCUCCAUGGUUCAAUUAUUUAAUUUAGCAUUAUUUUUAGUUAGCACUACACUAAGAUGGGCAUCUGGAUUUUGUGCCUCAAGUCACCAGAAUGGGCCUUGACCUGUCUCUCGCCUUCACAACAGACAUCUGUUCACCACAUAAAGUUGUUUUCGCCCCUCUCCAAAGUUCGGCACCCAUUUCAGAGAUAUUAAGCCAACAAGCAGGUCUGAAAUUUAGUUCGUACACUUUAGUUAUCUGUGUAGGAGGAGUAGGCAGCCUAGUGUUAUCCAGGUAUUUUGGAUGAAAAUUCUUAUCAGUCCUGGCCAGGUUGGGCAAUGGUUAUAGAGAGAGCAAUCAUAAUGGGAAAUACUUAGGUGCUGUGCUAUGCUGCCUGCCCUUUAAAUCCCAAAGUGAAGGAUAAGAAACAACUGUGAUUGCUACUCUUUUCUAGUUGUAAUUAUGGAUAUUAUUCCCUAUGAUCUCAGCCACUGGCAGGGGACACUGUGCAGCCACCAAAGCAUUGGGCCAAAAAAUUGAGGGUUUUAAAAAUAUUUUACAUGCCAAUAAAGAUAUUAUUUAUUCAGUCACUAUGUGGUUGAAUAGAAGCAAAAGUUCAGAAGGCAAAGAACAUACUGUGUUUAUGAAUGUUCUGUCAGAUGCCAUCCUUGAAAAGUUAUUCUUUUCUGUGUGGAAGAGAGAAGGGAAUACUGUCUUCUAGAAUUGUGUUCUGGUGCUGCCCCUCCCCCACAACUGCUUCCCAGUUUAUCAAGACCACUUUUUAAAGAUCAAAAGGUUUCUGCUUGAGCUAAUCGAUACACUUAAAGUGGUCCCAGCAGAAAGAAGAACCUCUGUACCAAAGGAGUGUUAAACCCGAAAUAAAUAUCUUGAGAAAGCAA